AUGAAACUUCUAAUAAUAGCACCUUUACUGUUGACAUAUAAAAAAAACAACCAAGAAAAUGAAGCUGAAUCUCCACAAGUAUUCGAAAUCACCGAUUUAGAGAAACGUGAUGGAAAAAUUAACUUUAGAAUCUUUUGUGACGUCUCUUUUUGGAAAUUACCGCUUCAAGACCAUCUUCGAAUUGAGGUUAUUAAAAAGGGAAGUUCUACAUUUCAAAACAAAGAUGGACCAUUUAAUGUAGUACAACGAAAUGUGACUCAAACGAGAGGCCAUGAUCGUCAACUUUCCUCUGAAUGGUUUUAUAAACAAAUGAAAAAUGGUGAAAAAAUUUUACAUUCAUGGAUGGUAUAUUUACCCAACAGUGGAAAUUUAUACUGUUUUUGUUGUCGAUUAUUUGCCAGUAAUAUUACCAAUUUGGCAUCAAAAUUCGUCACUGGAUUUCAAAAACGGUGGAAAUUAAAUCCAAAAGUAUAUGAACAUGAAUCAUCUGACAAUCAUUUGCGAUUUUUGGAAAAAUGGAAGAUUCUGGUCACAAAUUUAAAAUCUAAUAAUACAAUCGAUGCCGAAAUAAUUUCUUUUACAAAAAAUGAAAAGAAAAAAUGUCGAAACAUAUUAUAUAGGCUCUUAUAUGUAACUUUGUUUCUUGCUAAGCAAAAUUUGCCAUUUCGUGGUCAUCAGGAGGAUGAAUCGUCAUUUAUAGGACAGAUCUGCGUAUUUAACAAAGGGUAA